UUUUCAAAUCGCUUGCGCCAAGCGUGUGUGAAACAUGUAGGACUGAAUGACUGAAUGUGACCACCGCUACUACUGGCCGUGGGUUGUUGAUGUCAAUGCCCUGGCUGUGGCCGGCGCUGCUUACUUGGUCCUAUGGAGCUUGGCCGCCCUAACAAUCACAGAGGCGUCUUCCUGCAGAACCAGCUUCACUUCGUCCAUGCACGUCGAAGGCGACACCCCAUUGCACAAUGCUGCAACGGGAUGUUGCCUUCUAUGUCCCUGGCACAGUCUGCAACCUGCUGCUGCCCGUUUAGGCGGCGGAGUACGGACACGCAGCAGGGUCCGCAGACGUCUGUGUGGCCGUACUCCGCUGCAAACUCAUCACGACAUAUCACAACCUGGCCAUGGGCCUCCCUUUCUUCUUGGUUCAUUUGGACAUGGCUGUUCUUCACAGCCACAGACUCACAGAGGCGUCUUCCUGCAGAAGCAGCUUCACUUCGUCCAUGCACGUCGACGGCGACACCGCGCUGCACAAUGCUGCAACGGGAUGUUGCCUUCGAUGUCCCUGGCACAGUCUGCAACCUGCUGCUGCCCGUUUAGGCGGCGGAGUACGGACACGCAGCAGGGUCCGCAGACGUCUGUGUGGCCGUACUCCGCUGCAAACUCAUCACGACAUAUCACAACCUGGCCAUGGGCCUCCCUUUCUUCUUGGUUCAAAAAGUUUGGACAUGGCUGUUCUUCACAGCCACAGACUCACAGAGGCGUCUUCCUGCAGAAGCAGCUUCACUUCGUCCAUGCACGUCGACGGCGACACCGCGCUGCACAAUGCUGCAACGGGAUGUUGCCUUCGAUGUCCCUGGCACAGUCUGCAACCUGCUGCUGCCCGUUUAGGCGGCGGAGUACGGACACGCAGCAGGGUCCGCAGACGUCUGUGUGGCCGUACUCCGCUGCAAACUCAUCACGACAUAUCACAACCUGGCCAUGGGCCUCACUUUCUUCUUGGUUCAAAAAGUUUGGACAUGGCUGUUCUUCACAGCCACAGACUCACAGAGGCGUCUUCCUGCAGAAGCAGCUUCACUUCGUCCAUGCACGUCGACGGCGACACCGCGCUGCACAAUGCUGCAGCGGGAUGCUACCGUCGAUGUCUGUACUCCGCCACAUGCAUUCCGGAGCGUCCGGUGUCGAAAUCGAAUUUGUCAGUGCUGCCUUGCUAUCCAUGCGAAUGAGGUGUCAUGUGCUCAUCGCAGGCUUCGAGUUCGAGUUGAGCUAAGAGGCAAAGAGUGAAUGGAGAUAAAACGAACAUCAGUGAAUAUCAUCUGCUCCAGCAGGUUUCCUACUUGGACGGUCAUUCCAGUGACGGAUCGAUCAGCCUGGUUGGAAAGCCUGCAGAUAGGCUUCUCUGAUGUAGAAAUGACACAUCUUCAUAUAUCC